GCCUCCAGCAGUCAUCGGAGGACUCUGACACUCUCCUCCUCACACACGCACACGCACGCGCGCGCGCGCGCGCACACACACAAACACUUACACUUACUCACUCACUCACUCACUCAUUCACACACACACACACACACACACACAGAGUCACUCAGUCUCUUGAGAGCUUUGCACGGGGACUUCAUGGCUUUUUCAGGUUUAAAAUGAAAAAGAAAAAAAGUUGCGUCUCGCCAUCAAAACGUCGCUGAAUUUUUUUAUGGUUGAGUUUUGAAAUCCGAGAUUCUGCAACGCUGCUUCAUUCGCUCGGGACACACACAUACACACUUACAAAUUAGAAGAGUGUAAGAAGGAAAAGGAACGAAAAAAGAGGGAUAAAAGUGCAAGGACUCUUCCAGAGCUGCAGUCUAUGGAAAUGCAGGAUCUAGCCAGUCCGCACAGCCGAGUCAGUGGUAGCAGCGAAUCUCCGAACGGCCCGAACCUCGACAACUCACACAUUAACAACAAUUCCAUGACACCAAAUGGCACUGAAGGUGAUAACAUCACUAUGCUUACGACAGCCGACUGGUUAUUAAGUUCUAAUUCGCAAUCCACUGCAGUUAAAACAGAGCCAAUGAGCAGCAGUGACAUCACCACGUCUGUAGCAGACGGCUCGCUAGACAGCUUCUCAGGAUCAGCUAUUGGAAGCAGUGGCUUCAGCCCAAGACAAACUCACCAGUUCUCUCCACAGAUCUAUCCUUCCAACAGACCUUAUCCCCAUAUUCUUCCCACUCCUUCUUCACAAAACAUGGCAGCAUACGGACAGACACAGUACAGCGCAGGAAUGCAGCAGGCCUACGCCACUUACCCUCAACCAGGCCAGCCUUACGGCAUCCCGGCCUACGGUCCAUUGUGGGCAGGAAUCAAGACGGAAAGUCAAGCUCAGUCUCCAGGACAGAGCAGCUUCCUCAGUUACAGCUCUAGCUUCUCUACACCACAGACAGGACAAGCACCCUACAGCUACCAAAUGCAAGGAGGCAGUUUUACAACGACAUCAGGGCUGUACCCAGGAAGCAAUUCCCUCACCAACUCGACUGGAUUUAACAACACACAACAGGAAUACCCAUCCUACCCAGCAUUUGGCCAGGGUCAGUAUGCGCAGUAUUACAACAGCAGCCCGUACACGUCACCCUACAUGACCAGCAACAACACGAGUCCCACUACGCCGUCCACCACGGCCACCUACACGCUGCAGGAGCCACCAUCCGCUGUUACCAGCCAGGCUCUGACCGACCAAUCAGCAGGUGAGAUGACAGCAGGAGAGUACAGUACAAUCCACAGUCCAUCAACCCCCAUUAAAGAUUCAGAUUCGGAUCGAUUGCGUCGGGCUUCGGACGGAAAGUCACGUGGAAGAGGAAGAAGGAACAAUAAUCCGUCUCCACCGCCAGACUCUGACCUUGAGCGCGUGUUCAUUUGGGAUUUGGACGAAACGAUCAUCGUUUUCCAUUCCUUGCUCACGGGGUCUUAUGCCAACAGAUACGGACGGGAUCCGCCGACGUCCGUGUCUUUGGGACUUCGAAUGGAAGAGAUGAUUUUCAAUUUAGCAGACACACAUUUAUUCUUCAAUGACUUAGAAGAGUGUGAUCAAGUCCACAUUGACGACGUGUCCUCCGAUGACAACGGUCAAGAUCUGAGCACGUACAACUUCAGUACAGAUGGCUUCCAUGCUGCGGCCACCAGUGCCAACCUGUGCUUGGCGACUGGCGUGAGGGGAGGAGUGGACUGGAUGAGAAAACUGGCCUUCCGCUACAGACGAGUAAAAGAAAUUUACACCACCUACAAAAACAACGUCGGAGGACUGCUGGGUCCAGCCAAAAGGGAGGCCUGGCUGCAACUGAGAGCAGAAAUUGAAGCUUUGACAGAUUCCUGGUUAACACUGGCACUGAAAGCACUAACAUUAAUCCACUCAAGGUCAAAUUGCGUGAACAUUUUAGUGACCACUACGCAGCUCAUCCCUGCCCUCGCAAAAGUGCUGCUCUAUGGACUGGGAAUAGUAUUUCCGAUCGAGAAUAUUUAUAGCGCUACGAAAAUAGGCAAAGAGAGCUGCUUCGAGCGAGUAAUUCAAAGGUUCGGGAGGAAAGUUGUUUAUGUGGUGGUGGGCGACGGAGUCGAAGAGGAGCAGAGCUCCAAAAAGCACAACAUGCCCUUCUGGAGGAUCUCCAGUCAUUCGGACCUCAUGGCUCUUCAUCACGCGCUGGAUCUGGAGUACUUGUAGCACUGUGACGUCCUCAUCUCUGCAUUUUCUCCUCAGCACGGGCCGACCCUCAGAACGUUAACACACUUAAACGGAGGAAAAGAAAACAAAAAGGACAUCAACACGCGAAUGGAAAUCGGCCCGUACCUCGUCUUAACCCUGAAUUCGUCUCGGCCCUCGGUGGAACGAGCGCUCGAACGGAAGGACUGCGAUUUUUUUACGACGCUGUGGGUUACUGUGAAUUGACUCGGCUUCCUUUUCUGUGUAAAGAAAAAAAGCCGUCAGAAUGUUUUACAGAUUUUUUUUUGUUCUUAAACUCUGCAAGGGUUCACACCUGUGAGAAAAGAUCUACCGACGUCGCGUUUUUUUCCGGCUCUCACCGAGACUCCUCUGAGCUUCAGAAUAAUUUCAACUCUUCUCGUUUCUCGAAUCCACUACGCCGGAUAUCUUACGCUUCUAAUUUAUCUAAACCGGAGACUUUGUUCGAGAUCCGCCAGCUUCCUGCGAGAGACCUCUAGCCCUGUUUUUUUCAAGUUGUUUCUCGCCAUGCAAAUAGAGUACCUAGAUUUCUGAGAAGACAUUUAUGGAGAAGGAGAAAAAAAGGAUUUUCUAAUAAUUUAAGGAAAACAAACGACAGACUUUAUCCUGCAUUUGCUCAGACAAUCAAACGUGUACAGAAUAUGGCGGGUUUUUUUGUUUUUCAGUUUUUUUUGGCGUGUGUAUAUUUUUAAUCACUGGACUAUUCCUCCUUGCUUUACAUUAGCUACAGUUCAGUGCUUUUUUUUCUUUCGUUCAUGGAAGUACACUAAGGCAGGAGUGCACACACACACACACACACACACACACACACACACACCACACGCAGAAACUAAAGUGUGCAGGGCCUACAAGUGUUGCUUAAUGUUAAAGAUUUAAAAAAAAAACAUUGUCAUGACCAAAAGCAUGGAUGUCAAGUGUCAAUGAUUUCGUAUUUUGUUUACGGAUUUAUUGAUGAUUCGUUUUUUUUUCCUCCCUCGCUGGUCAAAGUUUCUGUAUUUAUUCACAGAACCUCAGUAGCAUUUUAUCUGGAAAAAAAUAAUAAUAAUUACACAUAUUUAUGGGAUUACACACAUAUCGCAAUGUUCGAAGCGAAUGUCAAGUUGUGAGGUGAGCGCGUGUACUUUGUGUGUACAUAAAAAAAAAGGCAUUUAGGCCUCAAACCUACUCUACGAUAUUUCAUGGUUUUGUUAUAUUUUGUACUGGCACUAAAGCAGAAACUCUUGUACAUUACGUGUAAUUUUUUUGUAUGAAGUAGUCUUUUUCAUUUAGAUUUUUUUUUUCUCGGAAAUGAUGUCGCUGUAGAAAUUCUUCAUAGUGCUUAGUUAAAUAAGACUGUGGACUUGGGAAACUUUAAAGCUCUAAAGACUGUAAGAAAGCCACUACACACACACACACACACACACACACACACACACACACACACACACACACACAAACACAAUGACGCGAAGGGGUCAAGAACACACCCGCGUUACCGACUGUGAAUUUCCUCAGCAGGAAUUGAAUCUUGUGUGUGAGUUUCUGACCGGUAUCUGCUCCGUCGUCAGUGUUGCUUCAUUCCUGCAGGUGAAGUGUUCUACUGCCCCUUCUACCCUAUCCCUCUCUACAACCUACCCCUUUCACUCCAGUCCCGAUCGAAAAUACACUCCUUUAGCCCCAAAUCUACACUUCUAUCUAAUAUCAGCUCAUUAAAUCAACCCGUACACCCCCACCCAAACUUAAUUCUUUCCCACCCAUCCUACCUCCAUUCUACCGCUUUAACAAUACCAAACCUAAAUUUGCCCCAUUUUCUCUUUCAUAUGUAUUCUGCCAGUUUCAUCUACCCUUUCCCACACCACACCAUGAUCGUCUCCGUUACUGUCCUUCCACCUCAAUUCUACCCUCCCCCACAUCAGUUCUAGCCCUUUAUCUUCCACCCUCCUUAAUUCCACCCAUUUAACACUACCCAACCCCAAAUCUGCCCCAUAUACCCUUCAAAAAUCUGUCCAUUUAUUCUAGCUUUUCACCUUCUCCCAGCUCAAUUUUACCAAUUUACCUCUACCCCUUCCUAAUUCUAUUCCUUGCACACUACUAAAACCUUAAUCUGCCCCAUUCCAAAUAUAAUUUCUUUUCAUUAAAUCUACCCCUUCACCUCCAUCUAAUUUCAAUUCUACCACUUUACCAUCCACCCCAUCUCAAUUCUACCACUUUAACACUACCAAACCUAAAUUUGCCUCAUCCCUCAUCCAAAAUCUGUCCAUUUAAUCUACUCCUUUAUUGCCAUCCCAACUCAAUCCUACCCUAUUUACCCUCAUCCCACCUCAUUUCUCCCCUUUACCCUCCACCCAACCUCAAUUCUGCUCCUUUAACACUACCAAAACCUAAAUCAGCUCCAUUCCUCCAAUCUGUCUAUUUAAUCUACCCCUAAACCUCCAUCCCACUUUAAUUCUACCCCUUUACCCUCUAUCCCACCUCAAUUCUUCACCUUCACCCUCCACACAUCCCUAAUUCCUCUCCUUUAACACCGACAAAACUCAAAUCCAACCCUCCUUUCAUGCCCCUGUUACACUUUGCCCAUUUACUAAAUCUCUUACCCCCUCCACCACCCACCAGGUAACACAUAUUGCUGCUAGUUCAUGGUCAUAUUAGAUGGGAGAUGUUUUAUACAGUAAGCUUUUUUAUUAUAAUAAAUAUUGCAAUCAUAAUGCAAACUGGAAAAACAUUGACGUGGGCCUCGUCGUGAACACACAAUUAUCUGUUGUGUAUGGAAAAAAAAUGUACAGAUGAUUUUUUUUGGACAUUAUUAUUUGAUUGUGUUUAAAUUAAUAAAAAAACAUUGAUUUGUGAACUGGUACACACCCUCAUGUCCUCUGUGU